AUGGUGACUUACGAGGACGAGACCAUCAGCAAUGCUGGCUCGGUUGCAUCGAAGGACGCCUACGCCGCCAGUGCCACCGGCGAGAAGGUAGGCUUUUGGAGAGACUUUAUCGACGGUUUCAAACAGCUCGACUUGGGGGACAUCGAUCCAAACUUAUCCGAAACAGAACGGGCGAACGUGAUUGCCGCCAGAACUCCGUUAAAGCGUAGUUUGAAAAACAGACAUGUGCAGAUGAUUGCCAUUGGUAGUGCCAUUGGUACUGGUUUGUUUGUUGGUUCUGGUACCGCCUUGCACACUGGUGGGCCGGCGUCAUUGGUCAUCUGUUACUUUCUCAUUGGUACGAUGAUUUUCUGCACUGUGCAAGCAUUGGGUGAGCUUGCUGUGGCCUACCCUGUGGCAGGGUCUUUCCUUUCCUUGAACACUCGGUUCAUUUCUCCGAUUUGGGGGUUCUGCAUGGCAUGGAAUUACGUGCUACAGUGGAUCAUUGUCAUGCCGUUGGAGUUGGUUGCAUCGUCGUUGACCAUCAGAUACUGGAACGACACUAUCAACUCGGCGGCCUGGGUUUCGAUCUUCUACUGCUUGAUUGUCUUUAUCAACUUGUUUGGUGUCAAGGGUUAUGGUGAGGCGGAGUUUAUCUUCUCGACCAUCAAGGUGACAGCCAUUCUCGGGUUCAUCAUUUUGGGUAUUGUGUUGAACUGUGGAGGUGGACCUGUUGGUGGCUACAUUGGGGGUCGGUACUGGUACAACCCGGGCGCCUUCCACCACGGAUUCAAGGGCCUAUGUGGUGUUUUCACUACAGCUGCGUUCUCCUUCUCGGGUACCGAGUUGGUGGGGUUAACGUCUGCGGAAACAGCCAACCCAAGAAAGACGUUGCCGUCUGCCACAAAGCAGGUUUUCUGGAGAAUCACCUUGUUCUACAUGGUCUCGUUGGUUUUGAUCGGUCUCUUGGUGCCCUACAACGACCCACGGUUGAUGGGUAACUCUUCUGCGGACGCCGCAGCGUCGCCCUUUGUCAUUGCGAUCAGAAAUGCCGGGAUUAAGGGCUUGCCAUCGGUGAUGAACGUUGUCAUUUUGAUUGCGGUUCUCUCUGUUGCAAACUCGGCGGUGUUUGGCUCGUCGAGAACGAUUGCGUCGUUGGCCGACCAGGGGUUCGGGCCUCGGUGGUUUGGCUACAUUGACCGGAAGGGUCGUCCGCUUGUCGGGGUUGGGAUUGCGCUUGCGUUCGGGUUGCUCUGUUUCCUUGCGGCCUCGGACAAGGAGGCGGUGGCGUUUGCGUGGAUGAUGGCGAUCUCCGGCUUGUCGUCGGUGUUCACGUGGAUGUCGAUCUGCUUCACGCACGUGCGGUUCAGAAGAGCGCUCAAGGUGCAGGGAAGAAGCACCAAGGAGUUGUCCUUUGUGGCGCUCUCGGGCGUGUGGGGCUCGCUGUGGGGGGUGUUGUUGAACGUGUUGAUCUUGAUGGCGGAGUUCUGGUUCUCCUUGUUCCCGACGAACAAGCCCGACGCAUACAACUUCUUCGAGAACUACUUGAACGCGGUCGUGCUAGUCUUCUUCUUCCUCAUCUUCUUGGUGUGGAAGAAGUUCAAGGUGACCUUCCUUGUCAGAGCGAAGGACGUCGACCUCGACACGGGCCGCCGUGUCGAGGACUGGGACUUGCUCAUGCAGGAGAUCGAGGAGGAGCGGGCCUACAUUGCGUCCAAGCCCUUCUACUACAAGCUCUACAAGAUGUGGUGUUGA